AUGGAAUUUGAACAGCUCCAUCACUCUAUCAGCCCAGGCUCCACUCAAAGCAUCCAUGAAUUUAGCCUUGAAUCUGUUUUUUCCUUGCAAUCAGAAGAUUCCAUUGUUCUGAGUGCCAUUCAAGAUGAUGCUUUAUAUGAUCACUGCAUGGAAAGGUUGCUGGAAAUUGAGACAGAACUCAUGGAUUUUAGCUCCUUGACUCAAGAUAAUGUAAUAUGUAUUGAAAGUUCUGAUGACGUCCUGUUUGAAUUGGGAGAAACAACAGGGGAUGUAAGCCUAUUGAAGGAAGAAAACUCCCUCUUAAAGGGAAUUCAUGAAGAGCUAUUGGAGGAUAGCAGCUUAACAGAUCUUCUGUUGAUGGGAGCUGAAGUUGUUGAAGCACAAAACUGGACCCUCUCUUCCAAGAUAAUAGCAAAGCUUCGGAAUCUCUUAUUGGAUGGAGAAAAUGGUGGUAGCUCAUUCAAUAGGCUGGCUUUGUUCUUCACUCAAGGUCUGCAUUACAAGAGCAUUACUGCUCCUGAAAUGUUGCUGCCUAGACCUGGUCAAAGGCAACAAUACAACAUGUCUUCCUUUCAAGUUCUUCAAGAACUUUCUCCUUACGUCAAGUUUGCACACUUCACAGCUAACCAAGCAAUCCUUGAGUCCACACAAGGUGAUCAAGAAAUUCAUAUCAUUGAUUUUGACAUCAUGGAGGGAAUUCAAUGGCCUCCUUUGAUGGUUGACCUUACAAUGAGAAAAGAUGUUUCAUUUAAAGUAACAGCCAUCAUUGGUGACCAGCAGGAUGUGGCUGCUGUUCAACAAACAGGAAGAAGGCUUAAAGAGUAUGCAGAUUCAAUCAAUCUGCCGUUCGUUUUCAAGCAGAUGAUGAUGCUCAACGAAGAAGAUUUUGAAAGUGUCGAAGUGGGGGACACUCUUGUGGUCAAUUGCAUGAUCCACCAGCUCCACAUGCCUAACAGAAGUUUUUCUUCGAUCAAGACUUUCUUGGGUGGUGUCAGCAGGUUAUCACCUAAGCUAGUUGUUUUGGUUGAAGAAGAAUUAUAUAGUUUUUAUAAAUUUCCUUACAUGUCUUAUGUAGAGUUCUUCUGCGAGGCCAUUCACCAUUACACUACACUUUCUGACUCCCUCGUGAGCAGUUUCGUUAGUGCAAACGAAAUGGAAUUAAAAUUGAUAGAAAAGGAGUAUUUGGGGGUGAAAAUCGUAGAUAGUGUGAGCCAAUUCCCUUGUGAGAAGAAGGAGAGACUGUUGUGGGAAGAAGGGUUUGCGGCCUUGAAAGGGUUUAAGCCAGUCCCCUUGAGUUCAUCUAAUGUCUCUCAAGCAAAUUUCUUGGUCAGCUUGUUCAGUGGAAGGUUUUGGGUACAACAUGAGAAGUGCAGGUUGUCCCUGUGUUGGAAGUCUAGGCCUUUGACUACAGCUUCUAUCUGGGUUCCAAAAUCAGAAAAAUAA